UCAUCAUCUAAAUUUCUAUUGGUCACAUCAGCGGAUGCGUCAAGUAAGGCGGAAGUUGUUGGUUUCUGUGAUGAGAGCAAAAUGCUCGGAGAUCUCUUAAUAUUUGGGACUCUGUUGCUGAAUUCAGCGGCGGUGCUGAACUUCAAGCUAAAGAGGAAGGAGAAGGAGUCGCACUCGCAGGGUUUUGGAGAUGUACCCAGAGAACCAAGAACAGGCGACAACAUCAGAGAGUUCCUGCUCAGCUUGCGAUACUUUCGGAUCUUCAUCGCUCUAUGGAACAUCUUCAUCAUGUUCUGCAUGAUUUUACUCUUUGGAUCAUGACUAAACAUGCAACCCUUCACUGGGCAUUUUUCAAGACGGACCCUAUGAACUCAUUGACCAGUCUCUUCUGUUCCGAUUUUCUCCAAUGAUUUAAGUUUUUCUUUUUUUUCAGGACAGUAAUUGUAAUUCUUCUUCUCUCUGUAUAUUUCAUUAUUUUAUUUAUCUUUCUCACACAGAGGUUGUUAUUCUUUGCUUUUUCUUCUUCAGUCGUAACUUUUCCACAUUUGCUAAAUAUUCAUUGGUUUGUUUCUUUUUUAAAGAAAACUAUGAAUCUUCCACAGUUUCAUGGUCAAACAACAUCUAGUUUAUCUUCCUUGUGACUACAGAACCAUCCCUUCAGAUAAAUUCAACAGCCACACUAUCGUCAGUAUCUGUUCAUUUUUGAACUGUACACCUGUAUUUUAAGGGAUAGAUGUGACAAUAUAGGGCUUUUUGUCUUUUUUUUUCCAUUUCCGGGCACCUGUGCUGUAAGUAAAUAUAUAUGCAUUAUAUUGUAAAUGUGCCAUUCUUAAAAAACGAAAAAAUAAACUAAAUACUUUAAAAUGGAAA